CUCCCACCGUCGUCGCCGCCGCCGCUCGACAACGUCUCGCAUCGCGCAUCAGCGGCAGAAUGGCGGGCUCAGCAACGACGCCGUGGUCGGCUGGCGAUGCAACCUCCUCCGCGUGAGCUGCGGUAGCGCAGCCCGCCGCUGUCAACUCGCUUCUGGCCGUGCAGGACAGCAACGCGCCACAGCGGACCAGCGAGCGACUGAUCCGGUCGCCGUGGCAACGUCUUCGCGACACGAAACAUGAAUGGCAUUCAGCUCAAACCGAUGCCGAGGUACAAGCGGACCGACUUCGAGGACGAGGAGACGAGCAGCGCGAGCAGCAUGCCCGUGGACGCCACCGGCAGCUCCACGGUGCUCACCGACAUCAAGUCCGGCGGCGGCGGGGGCGGCGGCGGCGGGAGCUCGGCCACCGCCGCGAUGCUCAACCCGCUCGGCGUGCGCUACUCGGUGUCCGGCGGACACAGGCGCACCUUCUGGCAGCGGGCGUCGCCGCUCGAGCGGUUCCUGCUGGCAUUGGUCGCCCUGCUCGCGUUCGUGGUGCUCGUGCUCUCCGUCGUGGUCAGCGUCAACACGGGAAGCGUCCGGGAGAGGAUCAUCGAGCGCGUCGCCCAGCCCUCGCAGCCUAAGUACUGCGUGACGCCGGCGUGCGUGACGGUGGCCAGCUCCAUCCUCAACGCCAUGGACCCGGAGACGGACCCGUGCGAGGACUUCUACCAGUACUCGUGCGGCGGCUGGAUCAAGGCGAACCCGCUGCCCGACGGCAAGUCCAUCUGGGGCACCUUCGGCAAGCUCUGGCAGGAGAACCAGCUCGUCAUGAAGAACGUGCUGGAGGACGAGAAAACGGAGCUCAAAAGUGAAGCAGAGCAGAAAGCUCGCAUCUACUACUACUCAUGUCUGGACAAGAACGACACCGUUGAAAGCCUCGGUUCCAAGCCCAUCGUCAAUCUCCUGGACAUUGUGGGCGGCUGGAACGUGACGGGCAACUACUCGAUGGACACGUGGCAGCUGCAGCCGGCGCUGCAGCUCAUCCAUAACGUGUACUCGCGCUCGGGCCUCUUUUCGUGGGCUGUGGGCGAGGACGACCGAAACUCGUCCAGGCACGUGGUCCAGGUCGACCAGGGGGGCCUCAUCCUGCCCUCCAGGGACUACUACCUCAACAAGACCAAAGACGACAAGGUUUUGAAUGCCUACCUCACGUACAUGACUUCCAUCGGCGUGCUGCUCGGGGGCAAAGAAUCCGACGUGAAGGCGCAGAUGCAGGACGUCAUCGACUUUGAAAAGAGACUGGCUAACAUAACGGUGCCGGCGGAAGAGCGUCGUGACGAUGAGCGCCUCUACCACAAAAUGACGGUGGCCGACCUGCAAAAGCGGGCACCGCUACUCAACUGGACGGAGUACUUCACCAGCGCUUUCGCCCAGAUUAAUCGGACCAUACCGCCGACCCAGGACGUGGUGGUGUAUGCGCCGGAAUACAUGGGCAACAUGACCCAGCUAGUCCAAGAGUACAUGAACACCACAAGGGGCAAAAUCACGAUAUGCAACUACCUGGGUUGGAGCCUGGUGCACUCGAUGGUGUCGUACCUAUCCGAGCCCUUCCGCGAGGCGUCCAAGGUCCUGCGGAAAGCUUUGAUGGGCUCGGACGGAUCGGACACCACGUGGCGCUACUGCGUCACCGACACCAACAACGUCAUCGGUUUCGCCCUGGGCGCCAUGUUUGUCAGGGAAGUGUUCGACGGCGACAGCAAGCCCCUCAAUAUGCCAGGUAGCCGACAUUCCGCUGGUGCAGUGGAUGACUCUUGUUCCCGGAACAAAUUGGUUAAUUCUACAAAGUUACAGGCUCAGAACAUGAUCAAAGAGGUGAAAGAUGCAUUCAAGAACAACCUACCCAUGCUCAAAUGGAUGGACAAAGAGACCAGGGAGCUCGCUAAAGAAAAGGCGGAUGCCAUCACUGAUAUGAUUGGCUUUCCUGAUUUCAUCACCGACCCGAAAAAGCUGGACGAAAAAUACAAAGGCCUGGAGUUUGUAGAGAACGAAUACUUCGAAAACAACAUCCGGGUGAGCCAGUUCCUGCUCAAAAAGAACAUGCAGCGCCUGUACCGGCCAAGCAACAAGACUGAGUGGGAGAUGACGCCAACCAUCGUGAACGCUUACUACACGCCGACCAAGAACCAGAUCGUUUUCCCGGCUGGGAUCCUGCAGGCGCCGUUCUACGAUCCCAAUUAUCCAAAGUCUCUCAAUUUCGGAGCCAUGGGAGUGGUCAUGGGACACGAGCUGACUCACGCCUUCGAUGAUCAAGGACGAGAAUACGACAAGUCCGGCAACCUUAACCAGUGGUGGAAGAACUCAACCAUUCAGAGCUUCCAAUCGAGGGCUCAGUGCUUCAUUGACCAGUAUUCAAAUUACACUGCCAACAACGAAAACCUCAACGGAAAGCAAACACUGGGAGAAAACAUCGCGGACAACGGAGGUCUCAAAGCCGCUUUUCAUGCAUUCGAGGAAUGGCUGGACAGGCACCCCGACGAGCCGCCUCUGCCCGGCGUGAACCUGACGCACAAGCAGCUGUUCUACGUCGGCUUCGCCCAAGUGUGGUGCUCCACCGAAACGCCGGAGGCCAUCCACUUGCAGAUCCUCAGUGACCCCCACUCGCCGGCGAAGUUCAGGGUCACGGGGCCGGUGUCCAACUCCGAUGAGUUCACCAGGGAGUUCAAGUGCAGAAAGAACAGCGCCAUGAACACUCGGAAGAAGUGCGAAGUAUGGUGAUGGAACAGGCCACGACACGACGUAAUGAAAGUGAAAGAGUCUGCCGCACCUACGCAAGCACACUUAAGGUCAGCAUUUCUUGGGUCCCAGUCUCCAGGCUGCGCGACAUCGGGACCCCUUCGAGCUUUUCCCUUACAUGCAAGCGGUACAGCCUAUCGAAGGAUGAAAAACUGAGCGGGUCAUGCUUUCUAGGCUUUAUUUUCGUGUACAUAGCGGAUAGCGUAUUCGAAAAUGCGUACGUCAAAGGCAAAGCGAGAACGCAGCUGGCAACCAUCCUCACAUUCAGUGUUUAGAGUUAACGUGUAAGAAUGUGCCUCGCGACUCUGCUUUCCGUGGUGUACAUAAGUACUUGUUGCUUUUUGUGCUGUGUGUACCUGUUGUUUUGUUAUCGUGUACGAAGAGCUCACGUGCUUACCACGCGUUUAUACAGCCAUACUAUAUGUACGCGUGUGUAUGGGCAUCGAAGUGUGAAAACGAGCAGUUAAAUCGCCAUAAAGAGAGUAGAGGCACACCUGUGACGAAACGGCAUCAGCGCCACGGCAGCGGUCAUGUCAUUUUUACAAAAGCUUGAGCCCUGACAAACGAAGAUCUUGCAGGACAACUGCCAGCCACAAAAGCCUUCAUAUUUCUUCUCGCCUCGUUUAGCGAGUAUUGGUCUGAAAGAUGGCAUCUGCUUUUCGAAUAGUCCAACAUUGUUCACAGUUUGUCAGUUUACUAAAACAUGCGAUAUACCCAGCCUCGUGCAUAAAGCGCUUGCAAGUGACUAUUGCGUGGCUUAUGCUGCACACAAUUAACGACGGUUGAUAGAAAGGCGUGGGAAGUAGCAACAUUGCUGAAAAGUACUGAGCAAGCGAAAAGAAAGUGUAACGCGUGUGAAGAAGUUACACAUUUGGAUAAAUGUGCAAUGGCGCGCGCCAUUGUGAGAUAUGAAAGGACAGUGCGUGCGUGCCGGACAGCGUCCCUGUUCUUAUGCGUGACAUUGCACGAAGUCACCCAAAAACACGCUUUCACUCCAGAACCAUGUUUUGUUCCUUAUGAUGCCCGGAAUGUAAGAUAAGCAUCAUAGCUGCUGAAGUUGGGCGAUACGAUUUGCUUCAACAGACGUGGCUGGACGAACAUAACUGACAGGUUUCCAGGCUGCCAGAUAUAUCUAUCUUCAAGCGCAGUACGGCUACGUUUGCCUACCCGUGCGUACGUUUGCCUACCCGUGGCGAAUGGAUUGAAUAAUAAGUAACGAGCUCAAGUAGUGAGCUCAAAUUGAGUAAUGAGCUCUAGGCUACCACUCACUGUAUCUAUGUGCUACAUUUAUGAACGGCUGGCUCUGAUUCUUAAUGAAGUAGCGUUAAUAUCUCCAACUUAAGUGCUAGCCGCGAAGUAGCCUUAUAAAGUGAACAAUGCUUGCAAUGCAGGUUCGUUGGUUCAUCAUGUCAGGGCGAGUUAUAGGUCAAAGACCACAAUGACACAAGAGAACAUUUGACACACCCGGAAUUGUGUGUGCCCGAUGUGUCUUUUUGUGUCCUUGUUCUUCCGCUAUAGCCAUAGCCUUGUCGGUAUAAAACCACUUUUCUGUCUUCAACUGAGUGUCAUUUUUUGCUACCGGCGGACAACUUAAAGUGCUGAAAAGCCACAGCUCACAAAAGCCGACUAAUUGCUUGACUUCUGCCACAAAAAGCUACCAAGUUGUAGCGUGACCACUAGCAAAGCUGCACUAGUCUAAGCGUGCGCUCUAAGACCGGACGUUAGUGAGCGCGAUGUCAUAGUAACUAGGCGUCACUAUGACCACUCUUUGUUGCGGCAGAGAUGUGAUGCUGUUGCAUCAUCCUGUCAAAGCGAAUGGCUGUCGUUUAGCCCAUGUUUACGGCAAUGAACGAUCACGAUGUCUUCGUUUGCCAAGGCUGUUGCUGUUAUGGAAUACACAAGCUAGGUACGGAAGCAUGCGCGCAAUUAUGCUUACGAAAGCCAGAUGCUGUCGCUUUCAUUUGAGCAUACAUGUAAUUAGUGCCGCCGUGGCACGGUCGUAGAUAAGCGCGAACCUUCCUGUUGCGAUAAGGGUGCCUACGAGGAGUUGUGAUCUUGUUGAGAGCGCUUUGACACGGAUGUCAUUCAGUUAUCGAGAUAUUUCACACAGAUGUACUAUGUGGUUGAUGGUGUUGCUGUUCUCAGUUUGUUUUUCGUAUCUGUUUCUGCGCCCUUUAUGAGCAGUUCAAAGGUUUGAUGAUACAUUUCCAUGCUUAGUUCGGUUCAUGAUGCACUUGAAAUCUGUACAUAUCAACAAUGACAAAUGGUACGAGCUAAGUCUCGUGUCAAAGAAGUUGAAAGCCUAUGUCUUCAAACACUAGGAUGUGGAAUUUUUUGGGCAGUUAGUGCUCAUAUAUCCCAAUAGUCGAGCCUCAAAAAAAUUUGACACGAAUGACAAACAUAACAAAAUCGUUUCCUGUACCUAGCUUGCGAAUCCUACAUUCCUUACGGCUGCACUGAGUGACGGCGCAUUUUUUUUUUCACAUCCACAUCUACUAGUCAAAUUAAUCGAACACAAAGAAACUACAUGUACACUGUGUUCUUUAUAUAAGUAUUCUGCAUUUCCCUUUAGAUAGCGCCAGCUCCAACAGGGUAAGUAUGGUAAUGAAGACAUUUUGUUGACAUCAGCCAUCUGUACCAGUGACAUUUUUCGAGUUUAUCACGGUGGCUUGGCGGUGUGUACCGAAAGCAGUGAUCAGCUUGCUCGUUAUUGUGUUUCUGCGCUGCCUUUUGCGCACACAGGACGCAGUACUCCGCUCACCGGCAAGUAUUUAACAAACAUUUUAAGCCAGCAGCAGCGACCGACAUUCAAUGGUAGCGCGAAUGACGUCUUGAAACAGCUGUAGGCACAGCUAUGUAUACACUUUUUCACGAUGUAACAUGUUAAUUCGUUGUGCAGCCAAAGCGCAGUAAGACGGCGACAAUACUUAGCAUUACAGGGGCUUUGCCGCUCAGUAGAAAGCCGUUAAGACCAUUCAGUUUUCCUACACCAAAGUCUAGAAGCGACCUUCAAUAACAAGGACGGCAACGACUUGAAAUUUUCCUACUGAACGCGAUUUCAUAUCAGUGCAUUUAUAUCUACGUCUUGUUACAAGCCCUGUAUAUCAAAGGCAAAACAAACGAACUCAUACAAAAGCACAAAUUUCAACACCCGACCCUCAAAAUGCGCUAACGCAUUGGCAGACAACAUUGCGACGAUGAUGGAUCGAGCUUAUAAAGCUAAAUUUCUGUGAGGCAGAUGACGACCAGGCAGACACCCGACCAACAAGAGUUAAUAUAAGAAUACAUUAAAAAAGAUACUGCGCCUGCCUAUGAAGAUCAGUUGCAUUAAGCAUCUGAGGAGCUAGAGCGUAGGAAUUCUAAGCGAAAGCACAAUUACAUUACUCUUACGAAAAGCGUUUUCACCGCGAGCUUAUCAGAGUUAAAAAAGAAGAAGAAAGCAGCGAAAAACCGCAUUUGCGAGAAAAGCAAGCCCCUGCAUGUCCCAAGAAAAAUGAAAAUCUCGUCUCUGUCAUCGAAGUAUCGUCAAAAAAGCAUGUUGUAUGGAGAAUGGGUCGCCAUUAAGGACCUUCCAUAACCUGGCGUGAGUUUGGUUCUUUGUACAAAACCGUUGUUUAUAUAUUUACAGCCACAUGUACAGCGCUAUAGAAAAGAGGCUCUGUGUAUAGCGGACAAUGUCAUGUAGCAGUGUACUCGUAGCUCUGUGAAUUGGGAACAGUGGUCUGUCGCUUUCCACGUUGUAUUUAAACACCAUUGAGUGAAUCUUGUUUUGUUGUCAUUGUACACAUAGCAUAUUCGCACCUUCCUUUCUCCUUUGUAUUUUUUUUCAAGCUUGUUUGUGUACGUUGUAUGUCGCAGUGUUAGAGGUGCAUUGUUCUCUAUGUGCGUUCUGUACUCCCUCUGGGUGAGGAGUCGCCAGUUUUUGAUCACUACUGUCAAUAUCUGUAAAGAAAGGCUGAUGUUGACGGAGCUUGGCUGAUAUGUGCGGUUUAACAAGCAGGAAACCAUUUGUUAUUGUUUUUGCAAGUUACAUGUGUCCAAUUAUAUGUCUGGUGAAAUCUGUUCUAGUUUCGUGUGUUUUGUCAUGACUACGUGUUUGAGAAUUGCUAUGUUUUGCUGUAUUGGAAAGCUUGCAUGCUGCAGCCUGAAUAUUGGAGGCGUUAGGCCUUCUUCGAGGAAGUGUCACACGAGCCUGCAGCUUGAUUCUCUACUGGACGUCAAAAUUAUCAGCCAGUCGAAGCCUCCACACAAUGUGAAAGCGUUCACGAAGCUUCACGUGCCCAGCGAUCAAUAAACAUUCUAACGGACUAGUUAACGCUCAGGACAGCACAUCGUUAAUAUUCAAGCGUCGAGGUAGCACUAGAUUCAUGCUUGAAUCAAGAGUGAAGACUGCUAGGAUGAUAUAAGUGGCACUUUACCGAGAUGAAACGACUUAACGCCACUGUAUCACUUGUUCCUGGUGUACUUUGAGAUUUGUUAUGCAAUUGUAUACCACAUGCUUAUGAGGAAACAUUGGGCUAGUCGACAAUUAUCAACGAGAUGCAGCGAAACAAAGGCGAACACUCGACAAUUAAGUAAAAAAGAGACGCGGUUUUAAUCAAGUGUAACGUGUCCCGUUUAUUUCCUCGUAACGUGUUAGUGUUUGUUGGCCUGUCAAUGGUGAAUAAUACGACAUGAUUUGACGUGCCACUUUCUGAGAGGAAUGCGCAGUCCGCAGCUUUCUAGAAAGCAUUAGGAAUGCCUCUCUGCCGUGGCUCUUAAGCUGUGAGUUCUGUACCAUAGCAGUGUACCUAACUAAAACAGUUAGCGUCCACCUUGCAAGGGAGCUGUGAUGAAGUUUAAAAAAAAAAAACUGCUUAGUUAAGGACCACGUUGGUGAAUAAACAAAAAGGAAAAUAAGGACACGCACAGAUAUCUAUGGGAGGACAGCCUCUGAGCGCAGAUAUCAAGCAUGCAUUCUCUGUUCGAGGGUGUCGUCGUAACGAAGACACGCUUCUGCUUUUUAGAAAUGCUAGUUGGGCAAGGUCGUACAUCUUUGCAACAAAGUGAACUGCGCGAACGACAAGGGGCAGUGGAAGGAGACACGAAUUGUCUCCUUCCACUGUCUCGUGUCAUUUUUCGCGUUCAUCUUCUGCUUUUUAGCGCGUUCGGCGCAUGAGUAUAAUCAAAGUACACGCAGUUUGUUUCGAAGAUGAACUUAUAUUGACGUUCGUGUUUCGUGCAUAGCGUGUGGAUAUCCAUACCUUAAAUCUUGUUUUCUUUUCUUUUUGGCGCAUCGUGUGCAGUGGAUGGCCUCAUUUUCCAAAGUGAAGCAUGUUCUAAUCUCUAGUCAAGUUAUAAGCAUGCACACUGCUUGACAAGCGUCUGCGGUUACAAGCACGUGUUACACCUAUUUGUGUCAGCCGGACCGACCAGUCCUUCAGUAUGUUACUUGUGCUUUAUACCGAUCGCAUUGUACCAUAGUAUACGACUCUGUAUGUGAAUGACUGCAGUUACUUCUACAAUUUUCAUCCGAGAUUUUUUUUUUGCUCGUAGAAAGAGUUCCAUUUAACUGCACGCAUGUAUAAAUAUGUUUGUCUUGGCACUUUGAUUACGUUGGAAAUAAUUGUCUCGUUGUUAUUUGUAUGAUAGAUGAGAGCGACAUCUUAUGUUGUAUGUUGUUCAAAAACAAAAGAGAAAUGUCCUUGAAGCUGAGCACAACAUCCCGCGGGGUCAGUGGCAAUAUUUUGUGUUUGUCUGUGAAGUUUUUCGAAUAAAGUAAGCUUUGUUUGAUAACAUGAA